ACAGCAAAAGAGGCUUGGGAGGGAUUAUAUUUUUCUCUGGUGUGGGCUUUUUAAAGAUUUUAUUUCACCGACGUGAAUAUCAGGCACCUCGCUAGACAGCGUUAGAGAGAAAGCCCACGCUUUGGCGCAGGCGCAUAGGAGUGGGACCGCAUGGAUGGUUGGGUUACGGCAGCUUCCAGUUGUAAUUUUCUUCCAGGUAGCAGUUCCCUGCUAUUAAACUGAGGAAGGGGCAAUGGAUCUGGCCUACAUCUGCGAGUGGGAGAAACGUCCAAAGAGUAACCACUGCCCAUCCAUUCCCCUGGUCUGUGCCUGGUCUUGCCGCAACUUGAUUGCUUUCACCACAGACCUGAAAAAUGAGGAGGAAAAAGACCUCACCCAUAUGAUCCACAUCCUUGACACGGAACACCCAUGGGACGUCCACUCCAUCAAUUCUGGACACAUUGAAAUAAUCACCUGCUUGGAGUGGGAUCAGUCAGGAUCCAGACUUCUGUCUGCUGACGCUGAUGGGCACAUCAAAUGUUGGAGCAUGAUGGACCACCUGGCCAACAGCUGGGACAGUACAGUGGGUAGUGAUGUGGAGGGGGACCCAGUAGUGGCACUUUCUUGGCUGCACAAUGGGGUGAAACUGGCUUUGCAUGUGGAGAAGUCUGGAGCUUCCAAUUUCGGUGAGAAAUUCUCCCGGGUCAAGUUCUCCCCAUCACUGACCCUCUUUGGUGGGAAACCUAUGGAGGGCUGGAUUGCUGUAACCAUCAGCGGGCUGGUCACCGUCUCACUGCUGAAGCCCAACGGGCAAGUGCUGACCUCCACGGAGAGCCUCUGCCGCCUGCGGUGCCGGGUGGCCUUGGCUGAUAUUGCUUUCACCGGUGGAGGCAACAUUGUGGUGGCCACGUCAGAUGGCAGCUGUGCCUCUCCAGUCCAGUUCUACAAAGUCUGUGUCAGUGUGGUGAACGAGAAGUGUAAGAUCGACACAGAGAUCCUCCCUUCCUUGUUCAUGCGCUGUACCACCGACCCAGCUCGGAAAGACAAAUACCCUGCAAUCACCCACUUGAAAUUUCUGGCUCGGGACAUGUCUGAGCAGAUGCUGCUGUGUGCCUCCAAUCAGAACAACAGCAUUGUGGAGUGCUGGUCACUCCGGAAAGAAGGGUUGCCGGUUAACAACAUUUUCCAGCAGAUUUCCCCCACGGUCGGGGACAAGCCGCCGAUGAUCUUGAAAUGGCGCAUCCUUUCAGCCACCAAUGACCUGGACCGAGUUUCGGCUGUGGCGUUGCCCAAACUGCCAAUUUCUUUGACCAGCACAGAUUUGAAGGUAGCCAACGACACCAAGUUCUUCCCUGGCUUAGGCCUGGCGCUGGCUUUCCACGAUGGCAGUGUGCACAUAAUCCACCGCCUCUCAUUGCAAACCAUGGCAGUGUUUUACGGCUCAACUUCGCAGCGCCCGGUGGACGAGCAGACCAUCAAAAGGCAGAGGGCUUCUGGCCCUCUGGUCUACUUCAAGGCUAUGCAGAUGUCUUGGACAUCACUGGCCUUAGUUGGGGUCGAUAGCCAUGGAAAGCUCAGCAUGCUCCGGAUCUCUCCCUCCAUGGGUCAUGUUCUGGAUAUGAAUAUUUCUCUCCGCCACCUGCUUUUCCUGUUGGAGUACUGCAUGGUGACAGGGUAUGACUGGUGGGACAUCCUGCUUCAUGUCCAGCCCGGCAUGGUGCAGAAUCUGGUGGAAAAGCUGCACGAGGAAUACAUGCGCCAGAAUGCCGCCCUGCAGCAGGUUCUGUCCACCCGCAUCAUUGCCAUGAAAGCCUCGCUUUGCAAGCUCUCCUCUGGCACGGUGGCACGGGUGUGCGACUACCACGCCAAGCUCUUCCUGAUCGCCAUCAGCUGCACUCUGAAGUCCCUGCUCCGGCCCCCGGUGCUCAACACGCCUGACAAGACUCCUGGGGACAGGCUUACUGAGAUCUGCGCCAAGAUCACGGAUGUAGAUAUCGACAAAGUGAUGAUUAAUUUGAAGACAGAAGAAUUUGUCCUGGAGAUGACCACCUUGCAGUCUCUUCAGCAACUGAUCCAGUGGGUUGGGGACUUUGUGCUUUACCUGCUCGCCAGUCUCCCAAACCAGGGUUCUGGACCAGCUUCUGGACCUGUUCGUCCAGGUCACAGUUUCCUACGGGAUGGGGCCUCCCUUGGCAUGCUCCGUGAGCUGAUGGUCAUGAUCCGGAUCUGGGGCCUCUUGAAGCCAAGCUGUCUUCCCAUUUAUACGGCCACAUCUGAUACGCAGGACAGCAUGUCCCUCCUCUUCCGGCUUCUUACCAAAUUGUGGUUGUGCUGUCGUGACGAGGGGCAUCCCAGUGAGCCAGAUGAUACCUUGAUCGAUGAAUGCUGUCUCUUGCCCAGCCAGCUUCUCAUCCCAAACAUGGAUUGGCUUCCGGUGAACGAUGCCAUCAUCAGCAAGCUGCAGAACAAGCAGCCUAUCCGACUGCAGUUUGGAAAGUCUCCUGGGAUCGUUGGACACUCCAUUUCACUUCAAUGCGAUGCAUUUACCAGGACGACUGGGCACCCAAAGAUCGACCACCUGCGGCGGCUCCACCUUGGAGCUUAUCCUACAGAAGAAUGCAAGUCCUGUACAAGGUGCGGCUGUGUGACGAUGCUCCGUUCCCCCAACAAGACCACGGCUGUGAAGCAGUGGGAGCAGAGGUGGAUCAAGAAUUGCCUUUGCGGUGGCCUUUGGAGAAGAAUGCCACUCAGCUACUCAUGAUGGGUGGCAGGGCCCCCUGCCCAUUGCCUUCCCAAGACGGGAUUUGUGAGGAAUGGACCCUCUUCCCUCGGAGUUUUGCAGGUGACCCCAAAAACUGUCCAAGAAAACAAAUGUCCUGAAGGAAAAAGUCACCAUAAAACGUAACUUCCAGGGAUCGUUGCAGGUGGUUUUAACUACCCCUCGGAGGAGCAGACUCUCCUGGGCCAAAGCACCAGGAGAGAUCCAUGGGAGAGGCAGAAGGAGUUUGGAUCGACUGGCCCUUGUGGGAGCAGAUGGAAGGCCUCUGUUUGGCCAAUGCCAGCGUUGCAUUGAUCUCCCUGUUUCGCACCACAGACUCCUCUUACCUCAAAUGGCAGCUUUUGUCUCAAUGUUCAGGAAGGGCAUAGGAAUGUGGCAUAGAAUGAGGUGAAACUUUGCCCUUGGCAUUGUUCAAGUUGCAGAAAAGUGGAAAAUCGUAGAAAAGAGAAGAACUUUUCUUAUAUACUAAUUUGCUUCAUGAAGAGAAUGUGUGGGGUUCUUUUUCUGAGGGGUGGGGACAUUUGAACUAUAACCUCCUCCCCUAUUUUCUUUCUAGAUGCUCCAGCCUCAAAACUCCCUGUAUCUAGAAAGCUAGUGUGUUGGGAAACAGAGGCCAACCUUAUUCCACCAGAGUACACUCUUCCCUAUUUCUACCUGCAGUCUGAAAUAAUCCAGUCUAAAAUCCUUCAAUUUCAGGUAGAUUUCAUUCUUAGCUCCGCAUACAGCUUGUACGUCUGUUUUGAAACAUCGAACUACAGUACUUCAGAAACCAUUCCUUUGAAAAGUAUGUUAGGAUACAAGGAUUCGAAAACCACAGUUCUGAUCUUGUAUUUUUCUGAAUUUCCUGGGAUAUGAGACUGUGAUCCUCUCUUUGCAAAACCCAGGGGGAAACAUGGCCUCUUGCGUAGGAGUUGCAAGAUUUUUUGCAACUUUUAAGUUUGUGAUGGAUAAGUAGUGACUUUCUCUAUGCCCAAUAGAUCCGUGUUUUCUCACAAAGUGGAGACAGUGAUAGCUGAAGAAGAUAGCUAUAUCCAUGGAUAACCAAUGAUUUGGUAAAUAAUAGGAUCUGAGUUUGUACCGAUAUUAUAGAGCAGUGUUUCUCACCCCUAGCAACUUUAAAAUGUGUGGACUUCAACUCCCAGAAUUCCCCAGCUUGGG